CCCCCCCCCCCUCUUCUCACCUUUUACUCGUUGGCAAUCGGCGCUCCUCUCUUAGUCAUUGUCGGUGAGUGUUGUUCUAUACAAUUAGGUUAUUUUUGCUUUCUGUUUCGGUGUUUUAUUUCCGGCAACGAAAACAAAGGAAUUGCAAAUUGGUUUUGUUUUUCAAGUUCAUCGGGGAUUCAAUCAACUUUUGGUGGGUUGUCAAGUGUUUGAGUUUCUAAUAUUACAACGAGUCGAGAAGCCAAGGCUAUUCUUAACGCCACCAUUGAAAGGAAUUUCAUUAAUUGUUUCUCGACGAUAAAGGCGAAGUUAAGACUAGGGUUUUCUUCCUUAAUCUAAGGUUUGAUUUAGGGGAGGCAGUCUUCUUGAGUUGGACUUGAUGAGUAGUUGUUGUGUUUGGCUUUGAUUCUUUCGCUCAGCUAGCUUGGUGGUUCUUUUUGCUUCUCCGAGACUCACGAGUUGCUUUGUGGGUAUUUGUUGGUUUUCUUUGCUUUGGUCUAUUGUAUUGAAGUAUAACAACCGUAAAUAAUUAUCCUUAUAAUUAUUUACUUAUGAUCACUCUUGUACAGCUAGCUUUCUUAUCUCAUAGUAUGCUUAUCACCUUAAGUUGUUAUAUUUUGUAAUUAUCUUUAGCUUUGUAGUUCUCAUGUAAAGUCUAUUUAAAGGCUUCUUCUGUUUAAUAGUAAGUAUCUUGAAAAGCAUUCUCUUCUUAUUCUUAUAUGGUAUCACAACGAUCGAUCUAAAUUUUUUUUUCCUUCUCUUCUUGCUCUUAUCAUGGUUCUUAACAACGACUCCAUCAUUCCCAAUGCUAAUGAUCCAACUAAACCCUUCACUGUGGUUCAUUUUCACAAUGCCAUUAAGCUUACCCCUACCAAUUACAUUGCCUGGAAAACCCACCUUCAAGCCACGCUGCUCGGAUACGACCUCGACAAAUUUGUAGAUGGCACGUUUCCUUCCCCACCUGCCUCUAUCACCACUGCCGAAGGAACUUCAGCAACCAAUCCUGCUGCCCUCCCUUGGUUCCGUCAGGACCGUCUUGUCUUUGGGGCCCUUGUUGGCACCCUAUCACCUGAUCUUGUACCUCUUGUCUCUCAAUCUGAAACAGCCAAAGAAGCAUGGGAUAUCCUUGCUUCCACCUAUGCCAAUCCAUCCCGUGGUCACUUCAAACAAAUCAAGGACCACCUAGCCAAGAUCACUAAGGGAAACCUUAGCAUUUCUGAAUAUAUGCAGGCCAUCAAACAGUGUAUUGAUCGCCUUGCCUCUAUGGGGAAACCCAUGGAUCCCGAGGAUAUUAUUGAUAAAGUCCUUUUUGGCCUUGAUUAUGAGGUUUAUAAGCCUGUAAUUGAUGCGGUUAAUGCUAGAGACUCUCCUAUUUCUUUCGAAGAGCUCCAUGAGAAACUCAUCACUAGAGAACUCAUGGUUGCAUCGACAAUUUCUCCUACUCCCUUUCCUGCCACAGUCCAUGCUGCUCAACACCGUGCAUCCACCAGCCACGCUAAGCCUCAACAUUAUCUCACACCCAGUCCAGCUCUUCUUCCUACUCCACGCAAUACCUCUACUGCACCUCGUCAACAACGCCCAUACCUUGGUAAAUGUCAGUGGUGCCGCAACCAAGGUCAUGCGCUUGAUCAGUGUGCUAUCUUCAAAGCUCUCUUUCCUCAGAUUAAUGUCCCAACUGCAACACAAGCUCGGGCUGUUCAACAAGGCCAUCAACAACCUCACGCUCAUCUUGCCACGGCUAAUAAUGUCCCUGCUUCAAACUCUUGGCUCUUAGAUAGUGGGGCAUCUCAUCAUGUGACAAAUGAUCUCGCCAACCUCUCUCUACAUGCUCCCUAUGAUAGCACUGAGGAACUUGUAGUUGGUGAUGGCUCGACUCUUCCGAUCCAAAAUACUGGAGCUUUUGAAGGGAACCAUCCUCCUUCAAGGUCCAACUAGAGCCGGAGUCUAUCAAUGGAACCCAGGUCCUCCUCGAGUCUUCACAAGUCUCAAAUUACCUGUGCAUGACUGGCAUCACCGUCUUGGACAUCCAUCUUCAUCUAUCCUUAGGAUUUUAAAUUCAUCUUUCAAUUUAGCCAUUUCUGAUUUUUCCAUGUCUCAUUGUAAUUCUUGCAAUAUCAA